GUUCCGCCCUUCGGCCGUCGGCCUGGACCGGUGCGGAGCCGACGCUCUGCAAGCCUUUUGCACGAGGGCGGCGGUGGGGGCGCGCGGGUCCCGGUUUCCGGGCUGCGCGGUGGGGCCGGGGUCCGUGAAGAGGAGGCGGCUCCGGCCCGCCCGCUGGGCCCGCCCCUCGGUGCCCGGAGGCUGGCGGCCGCGGCGUCUGCGGGGAGGGAAAGCGCGUCCGGCCCGCAGACGGGAACAGGUCGUCCUGCAACUUUGCGCCGCGGGCCGUCCUCGCUCUUCUUCGCGUCUGGGCGGCGCAGGGGCCUCUCCCCACACUUACUCCUGCUCGCCUGACGGUCAAGAGGAACCUAGAAAGAUUGUGCAAUGAAUGGUGAUACUCAGGCUGCAGUGGUGACCUCACCACCCCCGACCACAGCCCCUCACAAAGAGAGGUACUUCGACAGGGUGGAUGAGAAUAAUCCAGAAUACCUGCGAGAGAGGAACAUGGCACCUGACCUUCGCCAGGACUUCAACAUGAUGGAGCAGAAGAAGAGAGUGUCCAUGAUUCUGCAGAGUCCGGCUUUCUGUGAAGAGUUGGAGUCAAUGAUACAGGAACAGUUUAAGAAGGGGAAAAACCCCACCGGCCUGCUGGCGUUACAGCAGAUUGCAGACUUUAUGACCACAAACGCUCCGAGUGUCUACCCGGCGGCCCCCCAAGGAGGAAUGGCUGCCUUGAACAUGAGUCUUGGUAUGGUAACUCCUGUGAACGACCUUAGAGGAUCUGAUUCUAUUGCCUAUGACAAAGGGGAGAAGUUACUGCGAUGUAAGCUGGCGGCAUUUUACAGACUGGCCGAUCUCUUCGGGUGGUCUCAGCUGAUCUACAAUCAUAUCACCACCAGAGUGAGCUCCGAGCAGGAACACUUCCUCAUUGUACCUUUUGGGCUUCUCUACAGUGAAGUGACUGCAUCCAGUUUGGUGAAAAUCAAUCUGCAAGGAGAUGUUGUAGACCGUGGAAGCACUAACCUAGGAGUCAAUCAGGCUGGCUUCACGCUGCACUCGGCGAUCUACGCUGCGCGGCCGGACGUGAAGUGUGUGGUCCAUAUUCACACGCCGGCAGGGGCCGCGGUCUCUGCGAUGAAAUGUGGGCUCUUGCCCAUCUCCCCGGAGGCACUUUCCCUUGGAGAGGUGGCUUAUCAUGAUUACCAUGGGAUUUUGGUUGAUGAAGAGGAAAAGGUUUUAAUCCAGAAAAAUUUGGGUCCUAAAAGCAAGGUCCUCAUUCUCCGGAACCACGGGCUGGUGUCCGUCGGAGAGAGCGUCGAGGAGGCCUUCUACUACAUCCACAACCUCGUGGUUGCAUGUGAGAUCCAGGUUCGAACUCUGGCCAGUGCAGGAGGGCCAGACAACUUAGUCCUCCUGGAUCCGGGGAAGUACAAAGCCAAAUCCCGUUCCCUGGGGGCCCCGUCAGGGGAGAGCACCGCCUCGCCUCCCAAGUGGCUGAUCGGUGAGCAGGAGUUUGAAGCCCUCAUGCGGAUGCUUGAUAACCUGUGGCCAUGGCAGCCUGCUUCCUCAGACCGUAGUGCACAGAGACUCAGGAUGGGCACCACACUCAUCUACCGCAUCCUGUCACUGCCAGUUCCACUGGGUUACAGAACUGGCUACCCUUACCGAUACCCGGCUCUGAGAGAGAAGUCUAAGAAAUACAGCGACGUGGAGGCUCCCGCUAGCGUCACAGGCUACUCCUUUGCUAGUGACGGUGAUUCGGGCACUUGCUCUCCUCUCAGACACAGUUUUCAGAAGCAGCAACGAGAGAAGACAAGAUGGCUGAACUCUGGCCGGGGUGACGAUGCCUCUGAGGAAGGGCAGAAUGGAAGCAGCCCCAAGUCGAAGACUAAGGUGUGGACGAACAUUACACACGAUCACGUGAAACCCUUGCUGCAGUCUCUCUCGUCCGGUGUCUGCGUGCCAAGCUGUAUUACCAACUGCUUGUGGACUAAAGAGGAUGGACAUAGAACUUCCACCUCUGCUGUCCCUAACCUGUUUGUUCCAUUGAACACAAACCCGAAAGAGGUCCAGGAGAUGAGGAACAAGAUCCGAGAGCAGAACCUGCAGGACAUUAAGACGGCUGGCCCCCAGUCACAGGUGUUGUGUGGUGUAGUGAUGGACAGAAGCCUCGUCCAGGAUGCACCCCUGUCUGACUGCACGGAGACAAUCGAAGGGCUCGGGCUCACAGAGCAGACCUUUAGUCCAGCUAAAUCUCUCCCUGUUAGAAAGGGGGAGCUGGUGACAGCCUCCAAGGCCAUCAUUGAGAAGGAGUACCAGCCCCACGUCAUCGUGAGCACCACAGGCCCCAACCCCUUCAACACGCUCACUGACCGCGAGCUGGAGGAGUACCGCAGGGAGGUGGAGCGCAAGCACAGGGGCCCCCCAGAGAGUCUGGACGAGACUGGAGAGCAGAAAGACAGUCCUCCAGAGCCCCCUGCUGCCCCCUGCUCCCCCGUCAAGCUGGAGGAAGACCUGGAAGAUGCUGUUUUUGGAGACGACAGUGAUGCUGCCACCUUUAAGCCCACUCUCCCUGACCUGUCCCCCGAUGAGCCUUCAGAAGCGCCUGGCUUCCCGACAUUGGACAAGGAGGAGGACGAGGGGCUGGGCGAAGCCUGUGGCCCUUCCAGCCCCGCCAGGCCCUCCACGGUGGCCAGUCCUGAGCCGGCCCCGGCCCCGGCGGCUGAAGAAGCCCCCUCCCCGGCUGCUGAGGGGGCUGCCGCAGACCCAGGCAGCGAUGGGUCUCCCGGCAAGUCCCCUUCCAAAAAGAAGAAGAAGUUCCGCACCCCCUCCUUCCUGAAGAAGAGCAAGAAGAAGAGCGACUCCUGAAGGCCUGUCCUGCACACACCGCUGUCUCGCGUUGUCUCCCUGUGUCAUGGAAUGCAAAGCCCCCUCCGCGUAGCUAGCGCUCCCCGCCGCCCAAGCCCGUGCAGACCAGAGCUCACCUCCUGUGCUCGCAUGGCCUCCCCUGGCGCCCGGGCCUCACCUCAGGUCCAGGGAGGCUUGGCCCUGUGUCCACCUCUGUGCCCGUCUGUCUGCUCCUCGGGUCCUUCCCUGGGGCGUCCAGGCAGGGUCUGGCUGAACAGUCAGAGGCCCUGCCGGCUCUGGCCCUGACCUCUCUUGCUCUCCUUCUGUCAUCCAGUAACCCACGCUCUGUCCCUGCUAGGCUCCCCUCCCCCCAGGUCUCAGGUGACUGACUCAGACUCCUAGCUUCCUGCUGGCCUUACCUGCUCAGCGAUCUCACUCUGUCCAUAAACACACAGCCUUGGUCCUGUGCCAACACCCUGUGCCUGCCAGUGGCGAGGGCGCUGUGGUGGCCUCAGGCGGCGUGGGGACCCCGCAGCAGCCUGGCCUGUACACCCUUGCAACCUAUGCAUGGUUACCCGGUCACCCCCUGGCAGCACCCGGUCCAGGGCUCAGUCUUAUCACUGGGGUCUCUCCAGGCCUGUCCUCGGGAGGGCCCCUCAGUGAGAAGUCUCUUCAGUGUAUUGGCAGUUCUGCGUUGCUGUGAACGGGAACAGCGAUGCUCGCGUUCGUUUCUCUAGGCCUGCGGCGGAGCCCCGCGCACCGGGGUGGGGGCAGGUUUCAGAGCAGGGUCUGCUCUUCCCGGAAGUCGGCCCUGGUGGCCCCGCUGCUCCCGAGCCCGAGCCGGCACUCAUGGAGCUACUUGCCCUCGCUCACCUGCACUCACCUCCACCCCCUGGGAGGCAGCAGGGAGCUGAUGGCUGGCAGCUGGCCACGCGGGCUCCUCGAGGGUGCCUGUUCCAGGAGCUGCUGGGUGCCAGCCUGCCCACCCCAGACAGGCCCCUGGGAAGGCGGGAGGGCCGCAGUGGAUCUGGAGCUGGACGUGGGCUCAGGUCCCCAAAACCGAGCACCCGCGUAGGACGGAGGCCAGCUGCAUGGCGCUGACCUCCGCUUGGAGCUAACAGGCGAGCAGCUGCUUCUGUGUCAAUUUGUUGCCAAGUGUGUUCCGCCCACCACCCUCCUUGCGUUAACAGACUCUUCCCUGACCCUCCCUCUACCCCACACACGCAAUGACUAAUUCACUUUUGUAGUUUCUUUUAACUCUUUGUAUCACAACAUGAAGUCUAGCCACAGACAGGGACACAGGCUCAGGAGGGCAGGCCGUGUCCUUUCUUCAUUGUAACAUGUUUUACUCACAAAUAAAGUUCUUCAAGCUGUA